GCGAGCAUGGCGAACAUGGAGGCAAUCCAGGGAUCGAUGUCCACGAAACGCGUCGGCAGUGCGCCCGGCGUGCCGUGGGCUCGGCGCCGCAAGCUCACCUUCUUCUCGUACAUGCGGCGGCAGCAGCGCCUGCAGCGCUCCGGUCUUUUCAAGCUCAAGCGGAGAAGCCCAAACAUCAAAAUGGCGGAGUCCAAAAUGAGCGCAGAAAUAUGGAAAUCGUGGGAUAGGAAUGGAAAAACAGAGUUCUUGUCUAAGUGUGCUGCUGUGCUGGAAUCUUCAGAUGAAAGUCCUGUAUUUGCGACAGGAAAACAUACCUCAGAUCUAACAAGAUGGACUUACGAACUGCUUACAGCAGCUCUCAGUGGUCAAGUUCGGAAAGAAUCAGCUCUUGCUGGACUAGAAGAACUGUCUGCUUUACACCCAGAUUUGCCAUCUUUGAUCUUAGAUGUAUUUUGUAUUCUUGAUGCCGAAACUUGUAGCUCUGAAGUUUCUGAAGAGCGAUUGCGUUUUCACUUCUUAUUAAAAGAGUCAGAAAAGUUUCUGUCCGAUAGGCUUCUUAAGGAACGAGGAGAGAUUGAUACUCUCCAAGAGGUUGGAACUUUGAAAACCAAAGCAUUCUACACUAAAUUCAUCAAAGUGAAAACAAAGCUGUACUACAAACAGAGAAAAUUUAAUCUGUUUCGUGAAGAAAAUGAAGGCUAUGCUAAACUUAUUGUAGAACUGAACCAAGGGUUGUCAGGUGACCCAGCUGUUACAUUAGAAUCAAUUAAAUCACUUAUAGGAUGCUUCAAUUUGGAUCCCAAUAGAGUAUUAGACGUCAUGUUAGAAUCUUUUGAAUGUAACCCCAGGGAGCACAAAUAUUUUGUUCCUUUAGUCAAGUCCUACAUGCCUGAUUCAAAGAUAUUAAGUGAUGUUUUGGGAUUUAAAUUUUCCCUUUACCAAGGACCAGGUGCUGAAAAAACUCCAAAGUCCUUAUACAUUCUCACUGCUUUGAUGCUGCAGUAUAAACUCAUCACCCUUGAAGAUUUACUUGUCUGGCUGGUGCCAGAUGAUGCUGCUAUUUUCAAAGACUGGGAAACAGAAAUGCAAGAUGCAAGAGAACAGAUCCGGAAAAUGAAUGUAGUUUCCGUCAAAGACAAAGAUGACAAGAAAGAUGAACCUGUUGAGGAGAAGGAGACCCCAGCUGAAAAGUAUGAAGGCAAUCAAAAGUUUGGUCUUUGUGAAGCUCUAAUGAACUUGGGCGCUUGGUCAGUUAUCAAGGACUUGUGCAAGAAAUUCCCAGAUCAUUACCUCAUGGAACAGCCAACAAUAUCGAGAGCAAUGUGCAAUUUAUUACAUGUUAUUAUUGAUCCUCUGUACAAAACGGAAUGUUCUCUGGGCCCAAAAAUAAAGGGCAAACCAGUGCCAAAACCUGAAAUAAUUUUAGCUACUCCACAAGUUUUUACCUUUGAAGAACUAAAAGACAAUGUAGUGUCCAUGUUUCAACUACUUGGUCCAUACAUCUAUGUUGAUCCUGUUCUUUUGGCCAAACUUAUCAGAAUAUGUAAAAGUGCAUUAUCAAAGCUUGAUUUGGAUGGGAAGAAAACAUUACCAACUGAUGCUCCAAUGUACUAUGAAGUAAUGACUCUUCUUGAUGAGUCAAUUCUCCCAGCACUUUCCUUUAUGGAUGGUAAUUGCUGCAUUGCGGAGGAUAUUUGGAAUGUAUUAAAAUUAUACCCUUACACGCAUAGGUACUUAAUGUAUGGUAGGUGGAAGAAUGAUUCAUACCAAUACCAUGCAAAGCUUAUGGUCCGCCGUGCUGAUGCUCACAAAAAGAUAAAGUCUAUCAUGAAGAGAGUGAGCAAAGAAAAUAUCAAGCAGAUUGGUAGAUUGAUUGGUAAAAUGACCCACAGCGCUCCAGGUUUCAUAUUUGAUUAUAUGCUUCUGCAAAUCCAAUUAUAUGAUAACUUGAUUGGACCUGUGGUCGAUUCACUGAAGUACCUUACAUCAUUAUCUUAUGAUGUUCUUGCUUAUUGUUUAGUGGAGUGUCUCACCCAAGCAGACAAGGAACGAGACAGAGUCAAACAUGAUGGAACGUCAAUAUCAAUGUGGCUUCAAAGUUUGUCUUCAUUUUGUGGUGCUAUUUUCAAAAAGUACAAUAUUGAGCUGUCUGGCCUUUUGCAAUAUGUUGCAAACCAGCUGAAAUCCCAGAGAAGCUUGGAUUUACUUAUUCUCAAGGAGAUUGUGCAAAAGAUGGCUGGCAUUGAGGCUGCUGAAGAGAUGACGGCUGAACAGCUUGAUGCUAUGGCAGGUGGAGAAAUGCUGAAAGCUGAGGCUGCAUAUUACAGUCAAGUUCGAAAUACCAAGAAGUCAUCUACUCGCCUAAGAGAAGCACUGGCAGACCAAAACCUUGCUGUCGCUUUGUGUUUGUUGAUGGCACAACAGCGUUAUAAUGUUGUGUACCACGAAACAGAAAAUUCCCAUCUUAAACUUGUUGGGCGAUUGUAUGACCAAGCUCAGGAUACUUUGGUUCAGUUUGGCACUUUCUUAGGUCUGACCAUGUCUGUUGAAGAGUAUGUAAACCGCCUACCUCCAAUAGACAGUUUGCUUUCAACUUAUCAUAUUCAUACGGAUGUGGCGUUUUUCUUGGCAAGACCUAUGUUUAACCACGCUAUCAAUAACAAGUAUGAAAUAUUGAGAAAGUCGGAUCCAAAUGGAAAGAAAUUAACUGUAGUUCAGAAACAGCAAAAGUAUGUGGAGGCUGCAGCAGCAGUUAUGGGGCCUAUUGUUGAGUCUGUGAAGCCUCUUCAUCCCCUGAAGAUCUGGGAAGAUGUAUCACCACAAUUUUUAAUAACAUUCUGGUCUCUUACUAUGUAUGAUCUUCAUGUUCCUGUUGAGGCCUACAAUAAGGAAAUUGCCAAAAUGAAACAGUUAGCUGUUCAGGCUUUGGAGUCUAAGGAUAUGCCAUCAAGUAAAAGCAAGAAGGAACACGAACGUUAUAUAGCACUUCAGGAAAAGAUACAAGAUGAAAAGAAAAAGCAGCAAGAACAUGUAGACAGAGUUCUUGCCCGCCUUCGUCAUGAAAAAGAGGCUUGGUUUCUUUCUCGAUCUGCCAAAGCUGCAAAAAAUGAGACAAUCACCCAGUUCCUUCAGCUCUGUUUGUUCCCACGGUGCAUUUUUACCAUGCCAGAUGCUAUGUACUGUGCUAAAUUUGUGCAUACUAUACACAGCCUCAAGACAGCCAACUUCUCAACAUUAUUGUGCUAUGAUCGCCUGUUUUGUGAUAUCACCUACUCUGUGACUUCAUGUACAGAAAAUGAAGCUAAUCGUUAUGGACGGUUCUUAAAUUCAAUGCUAGAAACUGUGAUGAGAUGGCAUUCAGACAAAGCCAUCUUUGAGAAAGAAUGUGCCAACUACCCAGGCUUUGUUACCAAGUAUAGAGUUAGCAACCAAUUUUCUGAAGCUUGUAACCUUGUAGGAUAUGAAAACUAUCGCCAUGUGUGUCACAAGUGGCAUUACAAGAUCACUAAGGCCAUGGUUGUGUGUCUUGACUCGAAGGAUUAUGUGCAAAUCCGAAAUUCACUCAUCAUAUUAAGGAACAUUUUGCCUCACUUCCCAGUUUUAAUCAAACUUGGCCACAUCAUUCAAAAGAAGCUGGAAAAAAUAUGUGAAGAAGAAAAGAGCCAACGACAGGAUUUGUUUGCUCUGGCUAUGAGCUACAUUGGUUUGCUGAAGGCAAAGUCCAGUCAAAUGAUACCUGAAUCUAGCUUCCAUCAAGUAGGAGACAAGCAACAACGCAUGGAUGCUGCUGCUGCAUCAGCUUCUAAACCUAGUGGAGGAGGUGGAGGUGGAGGCUCUGGUGGUGGUGGAGUUGGAACACCAGCAGGGUCUGCAGAUACCAAGUCAAUAAAUGGUGAUUCAAAAGACAAAACUACCUCUGCUGUGAGAGAGAAACGUCCAAUCCUUGCCCCUACUCCUACUAAAGGACCAUCCCAGCAAAAUGCUUCAUCAGAUUCUGACUUGACCGCAAGGACUAUCAAGGAUGAGAAGAAGAAAGAGAGAGAUUCACACAGUCACAGCCGUGAACAGCAUCGUGAGCGGGACCGUGACAGAGAAAUAGAGCCCAAAGAAAAGUUGAUGAAGAAGGAGAAAGUCAAGGACAGGGAAGAAGAGAAAUGGGAAGAUGAAUGGCGGGAAAAGCGCAAAGAUGAGCGGCAUAGGGAGGAACGUUUCAUGGAUUCUGAGGAGAGGCACAUGUAUUCUGAACGUGACAGAGAUCGUGACCGAGGUCGUGACAGAGAAAGAGAAAGAGAACGAGAAAAAGAAAAAGACAGAGACAACUCUCAUUACUCUGUGGCAGACGAUAGAGAAUUAAGUUCUGUCAGCAAUAGUUCAGCGGGCUCAGCUCACCGGCGGAGCCAAGAGCCCAUUGAUGCUGACAGAGAUGUUAAAAGAAGAAAGACAGAUGCCAGCUCCUCGUCGAAGAGUGACCGGAAAGUGGCAGCUCAAUUAGACUAUUUGGAUGAAGUGACUGGUGCUAUAGGAAAAGAAAGAAGAGAGCGUAGUUCCCGCACCAAGAAGGUAGCACCUGAUCCUGAUGAAAAGGAACUCCGCAAAGAAAGGAAACUUGGAAGAAAGCGGCAGGAUAGAGUUAUGGAGGAACCAACCAUGGAACUAAAAAGGAGAAAAGAUGAGUCAUCUAAAUUAGGCCAUCAAAAUGGGGAUCAAGUUGAAUCACACAGAGAUAAGCACCGAUUUUCAAGAGAAAAAUCCCCAUACUCCCGAGAGCGUUCUCAUGAGCGCCUCGAACAUGUUGAGAGCAGAGAAAAACACAGCCGCAGAACUGUGGAUUCCAAGAGAAGAUGAUGAUUCUUCUGCUGCUUGCUGGAUCUCAGAUUGUGGAUGGGCAGUUUCUUUUUUAAUGUGUAUUUUUAAAACCAUCGUUGAAGUCCUCUAGUACUGUUCUGGUGGACUGCUUAUGAAAAGGUCCAGGAGGUGGACUGGAAGAUGUAUUUUUUUCCAUGAUUUCUUUUUUUUUUUUACCAGUGUUGAGUGCUCUGUAGAGCGUGAUUACUACAAUUUGUGUUAAAAUGAAUAUUCAAUGUAGACAUUUGUAACUACUGUUUUUGAUGCUAUUGUUUGUCCUAUUUGGACUUGGAAAUGACGAUGAGACUGUUUCGGAGAUUAAAUAGCUUUCGAGUUUUA